AUGAGCUCUGCAGCAGCAGCAGCAACAGCAGCAGCAGCAGCAGCAGCAGCAGCGGAGCAGCCAGACGGCAACGGCACCAUUGAUACCGAUGCAGCGGCAGCAGGGAGUGCAGCAGCAAAUGCAGCAGCAACCAGUGCAGCAGCAGCAGCAGCAGCAGCCGCUGGUCCUGCUGCUGCACUUGCGGAGCAACAAUCUGCUGCUGAGGGCAUCGCCGCAGCAGCAGCAUUAAGUGGGAGCUCGUUUGCUGCUGCUGCAGCAGCAGCAAAAGAGGUCCCAGUUAAUGCUGCAGCAACUGCUGCUGCUGCAGCAGUUGCUGCAGCCUCACCAGCUGCAACAGCAGCGACAGCAGCAGCAGCAGCAGCAGCAGCAGCAGCAGCAAAGGGGGAACCCGAACUUGGUUCUUUUCCAUCAGCUGUUUUUAUUUCGGGAAAAGAAAAUAAAAUUAGAAGAAACACCAAAGUAAUAAAACGUGCAAACAAAGUGGCCCCUACACCCACAGCAGCAGCAGCAGCAGCAGCAGCAGCAGCAGCAGCAGAAGCAGCAGAAGAGCGUGCAGCAGCAGAACCAGCGGCAGCUGCAGCAGCAGAAGCACCAGGAGCGAAGCCAGAUGUCGAAAGCAGAGCAGCAGCAGCAGCAGCGCCAGCACUAGUAGCAGCACAAGCAGCAGCAACAGACACAGCAGCAGCAGCAGCAGCAGCAGCAGCAGCAGCAGCCCGGCCGCAGAGGAAGCGCCGCAAGGUGGGGGGGAAAUCCGGGGGGCCCCCCGGGGAGCAGCAGGGGGCCCUCGGGGGCCCUCCUCUUUGUGUCUGCAGCAGAGGGGCACUGGAUUUCUUGAGCUGCUGCUGCUCUGCUGCUGCAGCAGCAAGUCAGCAGCAGCAGCAGCAGCAGCAGCAGCAGCAGCAGCAGCAGCACGAUUGCGAGCCCCUCACGGACAUUCACUUGUCAUUAGCUGCAUGGCGUUUAGCCCACAGAGCUCUGCAAUGCUGCUGCUGCAGCAGCAGCAGCUGCUGCUGCGCCAACAGCAGCAGCAGCAGCAAGAACAGCAGCAGCAGCACACUGCCGCGCCGCCUUUUGGCCGUUGCAGUACCACCAGCUGCAGCAGCAAGAGCUGCUGCUGCUGCUGCUCUUUACCUGCAGCAGCAGCAGCAGCAGCAGCAGCAGUGCUUGGCUGUCUCUGCUGCUUCAGUAGCAGCUUGCAAGGCGCCAGCGCAGCACGCAAAAUUAGUUGAUUUUCCCGCUGCUGCUGCUGCUGGUGCUGCUGCUGCUGCGAAGUCAACAGCAGCAGCAGCAGCAGCAGCAGCAGCAGGUAGUAUCUUUCCCCCUGUGUGGGUUGUGUGCGAGGAAGAGCAGCAAGCAAAAGCUGUUGCCGCCAUGCUGCAGCAUUUUCUUGAGCCCUGCAGCAACCAGCAGCAGCAACAGCAGCAGCAGCAGCAGCAGCAGCAGCAGCAGCAGCAGCAGCAGCAGCAGCAGCAGAAGGCGUCGGGAACUGUUUGCUGCACCACGGCUUUUGCUUCGAACAUUCGCGAGCGGAAGCAGCUGGCAGCAAAAAUGAAAAAAAGAGCAGCAGCAGUAUUUACAGCAGCUGCAUUUGCUGCUGUUGCUGCAGCAGAGAGGCGCGACAAGCAGCAGCAGCAGCAGCAGCAGCAGCAGCAGCAGCAACAGCAGCAAACUGAUGAAGCUGGCUCACACUCACUAGAAAAUGAACCUCCCUCUCCUCCUCCUAAGCAGCAGCAGCAGCAGCAGCAGCAGCAGCAGCAGCAAAAGCAGCAGCAGCAAAAGCAGCAGCAGCUCUUAAUGGUGGAGGCCUGCUGCUUGCUGCUGGUGCUUGAAGCCCCAAAACUUCUCUUAGACCCUAAAGUUGCAGAAGCAAUAGCCUUCUUUAGCAGCAGCAGCAGCAGCAGCAACAGCAGCAACAGCAGCAGCAGCAGCAGCAACAGCAGCAGCAGCAGCAGCAGCAGCAGCGACAGCAGCACAGCGCGCUGUAUUGUGUGCUGCAGCAGCUUCUUGGCUGCCUCUUUGGAGCAGCUGCAGCACUGGCAGCAUUUGGCGCAGGCAGCAGAAGUGCUGCUUCCUGCUGCACCUGACCCAGCAGCAGCAGCAGCAGCAGCAGCAGCAGCAGCAGCAGCAUCUGCUGAGGCAGGGGAGCUGCAGCGGCUUCGCCGCAACGAGGCAGUUGGGAGCUCUUUGCUGCUGCUGCUGCAGCAGCAGCAGCAAAGCCGCUGCGCGUCCCUGUACGACUCGCGGCUCCUGCAGCAGCUUGAGCAGCAGCAGGUUGAACAGCAGCAGCUUGAACAGCAGCAGCAGCAGCAGCAGCAGCAGCAGCAGCAGAUUAGUGUUGCGGCUGCAGCAGCAGCAGAAGCAACGUCAGCAACAGAAGGAGAUAUUAAGGACAAGAGGCAGCAAGAGCAGCAUCCAAAGCCCUUUGCUGCUGCUGCUGCUGCUGCUGCUGCUGCAGCAAAAGGAAGGGCGACUGCAGCACAGAGGCAGCUGCUGGCUUCAG